AAAAUCAGAACCCUAGAUUUCUUCUGGAGCUAAGAUUUUGAAUUUCAAUGCUUGUUUGUUUCUUACGGGUGAUUCAACGAUGAUCUUAGACGAGACGAAUCGAAAGAAUCUCAUCUUCCUCAUCUUACAGUUCCUUCACGAAGAGGGCUUUCAGGAAAGCUUACACUUAUUGGAGCAGGAUUCAGGCGUUUUCUUCGAUUUUAGCUACUUCUCCGGUGCUAUCCUCAAUGGUAACUGGAAACACGCAGAGGACUAUCUUUCAGCAUUCACUGCUCCAAAUGCUAAUACAUUCUCUAGGAAGAUGUUCGUUGACUUGUACAAGUGGAAGUUUUCUGAAGCAUCUGAUAGAAGUGGUGGCUCUGAAUCUGUCAACAGUUUCUCCAAGGACUUGAGACGGAUUCCUUUUUUCAAAGAUGAUGGCUUUGAGGAUUUGGUUGAGGUGAUUGCUGUAAAUGAUAUAAGGCAAGGAUUAAGAUAUAUUAAAAUCUCUGAGCAAACUGGUUGCGUGGACAAAUCAUUGGUUAGAGCUAAUUUGUGUGUUUGUCUCCGCAAACUAGCAGAAAGCAAUCCUUCUUUAUGUGGCAAACUUGUCUUUCCCAAUUUGAACAAAUCCGCAUUGCUAUCCCUUAUCUCCCUCAUUUGUUCAAAUUCUAACGGUAGAAUGGGAGGUCUGAAGGAAGAUCUCAUUCGCUUAAUACUUCAAUUUCUCCAUGAAGCAAAGUACAAGAACACUUUGCAUAGAUUAGAGCAAGAAACAAAAGUCUUCUUCAACUUAAACUAUCUGGCUGAAGUGAUGAAGCUCAGUGAAAUGCGAAAAGCUGAAGAAUACCUAGCAGCUUUUACAAACAGGCACGCGAAUAAAUACUCAACGGCCAUGUUUCUUGAACUUCAGAAACUGAAAUGUGCAGAAUCCGCACCAUGGUUAGCUAAAACCCUAUCUGGAUCUCUUGAUAACACGUUGCAGAAGACAAAACUACAUAUGUCUGUUGCCAUGCUAGCCAAGAAGAAUCCAGCACUGAAAGAUAAACUCAGCUUUCCUGAGAUGAAAAAAUCAAGACUUUUAACACUGAUGAAGCAGACUAUGGACUGGUGGAGACCUCAUUCAUGCAAUAAUUCUAAGUCUCUGGAAAAUAUCCCAGUAGUACCGUUCCUUUUUGGCGCACCAUCCGAAUUCAGCAGAACAGGGCCAAGAACGAAGGUUGGUAACUGCAAACUUAAGGAAAUCAAUGGUCCAUCCGAGUGCAGUGCAUUAGUUCUUCCUAAUUAUUGGUCAGGUGAAAGGAUUGCAUUUUUGACAUAUUCCCCUUCUGGAGAUUACAUACUGGCUUUGGCAGAUGACGCCACACAUAAACUCUGGACGUGGUCAACAGGCCAAAAUGAACUCUUCAAGCAUACUCCUCGAAUAUUGAAGGAAGAUAUCUUUCCGAAACCACGAUUACAUCAGCCUAUGAGUGGGGAAACUAUGAAAAACGAAAUAGCCACCUCUGUUGAGGAUUCAACGUCUUGCUUUGCGAUCAAGGGCUCUUAUCUUUUCUCUACUUCAGGAGGAAAAAUAGCAGUUUUUGAUCUGAAGAGUUUUGAGAGGCUGGCUGCCUUUGGAAGUCCUGUUAAACCUACGGCUACGUAUUUUAUAUUUAUUCCGGGUGAUUUACUCGCCGUUGGGCUAGAUGAUGGCUCUAUCCUCAUCCAUUGCUUAUCCUUGAGAAAGAUCAAAGAAAAGUUGGACGGCCAUGAUCAGAGAAUAACCUGCUUAGCAUUUUCGCGCUGUUUUAAUGUCCUCGUCUCAUCAGGAGCUGAUGGAAAGCUCUGUGUUUGGACCGCAAAAAGCUGGGUAAAGCUAACAAGUAUUGACUCAACUCAUAACUUUUGCACCCGGCGUAACAAUAUGUCCUCUCUAGUUACACAAAUCCUGUUUGACCCGUAUCAGAUCGAGCUACUCGUUGUCCAAGAUAAGUGGAUAAGUAGACACGCAGCUCCAACUUUAGAUUGCCUUAGGCAGUGGGUUCCUGAUGAAUCUGAAGCUGCAAUAACUUCUGCUACAUACUCUUCUGAUGGCGAGGUCAUUUAUGUUGGCUUUAGAAGUGAGUCUAUAAAAAUUCUCGACUCCGAUACAUUUCUGAUGAAAUGUCGAAUCAAUCUGACUUGUUUUACUCAAGCCAUCCCCAGCAACAUGAGGGCCAACGUUUAUCCAGCUGUUUUAGCGGCUCAUCCAACACAUACGAGCCAGAUCUCUGUUGGGCUUAGUAGCGGUAAGGUUAUCGUUCUUCAGCCCUUGGGGAGAGGAGGAUGGGGUGAAGCAGCUGCACUUGAAGACGAUCUAGAUAAUUCUGAUGGCUCAGAGCAUUGUUACUGACCGUUGACAACAUAGACUGCCUUAGUUUUUUUUGUAUGUCCAUCUUCCUACUGCGUUUUACUGUUCUUUUGGAUGUGUUCUGUGUAGGUAAUUCGUAAUUAAUAAAUGUGUCAUUUGUGUAUUAUUCAUCUUAAAUCAUCG